GAAGACUUUUGGGCCUUUUCAGGCCCCAUAGUUUGCCCGGAAAUACAAACAAUGACCCGGGAAGUUAGCUUCGGAUGCUAGUUAUGCGGCUUGUUUUUUUUCUUUUUUUUUCUUUGUGUUUUAAUCAAAUUGAGUGAUCCUGUCUUCUGGUCAGAGUUUCAGCUGCUUUUACCGCAGUCAGAAGAAAUAAUUUGCCAUCAUGUUCCUCACCCUCACCCUUCUGCGAAAAGGUAUUCCUGGAAAGCAGUGGAUCGGAAAGUAUCGACGGCCUCGACAGAUUACUUGGCAAAUGAAACGCAACACACUGAAGCAACUGGAGCGCGAAGCUGAGAACGAGUACUGGAUCAGCCGGCCAUACAUGACCCAGGAACAGGAGCACGGGCAUGCAGCAGAACGCAGAGCCCAGAACUGGCUCAAGAUCAAGGAGGCCAACUUUGCGAAUUUUCCUGAACACAAACGCAUCACAGAUCACCUGAGUCAUCUGAGAAUCACCAAGAACUGGUCGAGUUAAUGUGUGAAGUGACAUGCAAAGACUGUUUAUAGUAUAACAAUCUAAAACUGUUAAUUUGUCCAAAGAAGCUCUGUUUUUGUUUAUUAUGGCUUAUUAUUACUGAGUUGCUUGAUGUCAACUGAGAAGCCCCCUUGAAGUGUUCCCAAAAGACCGUUUUCACUCCCUCUGUUCGCAGAUGUUUUGGGUUCGGCUGAAAUUGUGACUGGAAUUCUUCCUUUCGAUGUAGCUUUCUUUGGAUAAAAUCCUCUUCAAAAGCCACGUUUUAUCUGUGCGUCCUUAAUUAAGAGCUUAACAACAAAAUACACUUUUAAGUUCAGCCUCCCCACUGGUUACAAAAGCUCUUUAACUGAAUGAGCUGCACAAGUGUAUUCCAUGAGGAACUGAGAAAUUAUAUAGAUUAUCUGGGGCAUUUAGGGCAAAAUUAUGUAACUUUAACAAACAAUUGAACCCAUUUUUAAUUUGUUGUGACUGUAAAGCCUUUUUGACCCUUUGAAGUUUUAUAAGAGUGGGAGGAAUAUUUUUUUUUUUAUCUAAAGGAAAUGCUUUUGUUUUAUUCACAGAUCCUUUUAAGGUAUUGUGUUUGUAGGUAAUGAGCCUUAUUAUUUUAUCUACUGCUCUGUAGUUUUGUGAUAAGAUAUGCUUUAUGAUUCCUGCUAUUGCCACAAAUCUAAGGCUCUCCAGAGACUCUGGAUUAUUGGCCCUCAUGAAAACUCAGGCAAUCUCCUCAGAUGCAGCACAACACUGUUGUCUAACAGUGGUUAUUGCCAUCACAUAUCAGUAAUAUUGACAGAACCAAUACGUAUCUGUAGGAAGAACCUUUUAAGGACAGACUGAAUGAAGGAAGGUGUGACCCAAACACAAACUCAAAUUACAUGCCCUUAAAUGGAAACACAGAUCUGAGGCAAAUUUAUGUGUAGUUUACUUUAAGACCUCAUUCAGCAUUUCCAAGCAAUAAAGCAGACAAUGCAUAACACAUUCUGUAUUGGCCAUGGAUAUAAGAAAUAAUUCACUGUAUAGUAUAAACACUUUUGUUAAAAUUCUUUUACACAAUGAGGGUUUAAAGAAGGGUGUCACAAACAAUAGUAUGAAAUGCUAAUUUAGUUAGUGUUCUACAUAAAUCUGUGUUUCAGGUAAUUGAUAGAAUCAGCACUAAAGAAGAUACUGACUGUCAGUGAGAACACAACCAAUCUGCACACACGCAGUAUUACACUGUUGUCUGAUAACAGUUAUUGCUUUUAUGUAAUAAUUCAUAAUUAUAUCACCAGAGAGGUGGAAAAGCCAGCAGGUGACCUGAUUAUUAUAUCCUUUUAAGGAAAGACUGGAGUAAGUUGUGACCAAAUUAAAAAAAAGAAAAGCAAA